GGCUUUAGUCUGUCGCGAACUAUCUUCAUGAUACGAAUCUUGACUCGGAGGCAAUGAGUCGCUUUUAGUGUUUAUUUAAUUUAGUUUUAGUGUUUAGUGCAGUUUUUAGGCUAAAUUAAAAAGUAUUAAUUUUAAAAUAUUUAAACUAAGUAUUUUAUUUAUUAAAUAUUGAAAUGGAAAUGAAUUCAAAUCAUGUGAACACGACACAAAACCAGGUAGAAUUCGACCCAGAGAACAAGCCACCUCCCCAACCACCACCAGAAGUUAGGAAGAGAUUUGUGAUACACGCAGAAAAAGACUCCUUCGACUUCGCCGCACAUAGGCAAAUUAAGAAGCCUACCAAUACCCUAGAAUCUACAGGACACUUGAUAAAAGGAUGUCUGGGCGGAGGCAUAAUGGGCAUCCAUGAGGCUUACAUGAAAAGUGGACUAUGGACGUCAUUGAUUUUCACUGUUAUCUUCGGAUUCUACAUCGCAUAUUGUGUACAUAUACUAAUAAAAUCAGCUCAAACCUUGUACAGGCGGCUACAUAUCACAGAGCUAUCGUAUCCAGAUCUCGCAGAGGCUUCGCUUGAAGUGGGCCCCUUCCCUAGCUUAAGGAAAUAUAGUAAAUGGUUCAGGUACGCAGUUGACGUAGUAAUAUGUAUAGACCUCUUCGGCGCAUGCUGCGUGUACCAGAUAAUAAUCGCCAAGACAAUCAAAGAGGUUGUUGAGGACACCCAGGAAGAAGGCGACCUUAACAGACUGAGGCUUUAUGUCCUGACCUUAUUGCUGCCAGUGAUGUUGCUGUGCAUGAUUACCACGCUCAAGUAUCUGGCACCUUUCUCUUUGAUAGCCGAUGUAUUUAUUGUAACCUGUGUGAUAGCAACAGUGGUAUAUGGCCUACAAUCUGCGCCGCCAAUAAGCUCAGUGCCUGCUUGGAAAGACGCCAUGGGGUUCUUCGAAUUUUGCGGCAUUGUCAUCUUCAGUAUGGAAGGAAUCGGAGUAUCGUUACCAAUUGAAAACAAUAUGAAGGAUCCUACGCAGUUCCCUAAAGUACUGAGUUAUGGUAUGACUAUAGUAGUACUAUUUCUGAUUCUGGUCGGAUUUUUCGGUUAUUGGGGCUUCGGAGAGCAAUCGAUAUCACCCGUUACAUUGAAUUUCCCCAACGCAAUAUUUCCUACAAUACUAAAAUGCCUGAUGGGUAUAAUGAUUUUCAUAACCUUUGCUCUCAACUUCUGGGCACCCUUCAACCUGGUAUGGUAUUACAUGGCGAAGAAGCAUGAUACCAGCAACCAUUGGAUAUGGGAGCGAGUGUACAGAGCCAUAUUCGUGGUGGUUAUAACUGCAAUCGCUAUCGCUUUCCCUAAUAUUGGGAACUUGAUGGGAUUGCUGGGAGCUUUCUGCCUGUCCAACAUGGGCUUCAUAUUCCCCGCUGUGAUAGAGUUGCUGGUGAUCUGGGAGAGCCCUGGCCUGGGCCGCGGGCGCUGGCGGCUGUGGAAGAACCUGCUCGUGAUACUGGCGGGGGUACUGCUGUUCGUAGCCGGCACCUACUCCAACGUUAAAGGGCUCAUAGUGAAUUUGUGAAUAAAUGUACCUACUAAAGA